AUGGGUAAAUUGGUAGGAAUACUUUUUGGACUAUUUCUCUGCCUGCAAUGUGCGAUAGAGCUUCAUGGCCUCUUUAUGAAGUUCACGAAUGUGACCUGCGAGAGCAAGGACCUCAGCAUGGGUACUGUGGAGUUCUGUGAGCUGAAGACUCUUGGCAAAAAUAAAAACAGUAUAAGCCUACGCUACAGUAUGCUUAAGCCAGUGUAUGGCAAUAUAGGGUUUCAUUUUCAGCUGAUGACGAAGGCAAGUGAGAGCAGCGACGGAACUUCAAACUGGCAGCCCUUCCUCUACGCAAUGGACCUUGACAUGUGCCGCUUUUGGAAGAACCGACAUAAUUACCUGGCCAGGAUGCUGUUUGAACUUAUAAAAGGCCACUCGAACCUGAAUCACAGCUGCCCCUAUUCGAAAGAAAAGUUCAUUGCUAUAGAGGACAUUACAAAUACUGACAUUUCUAGCCAGAUCCGUGGAGUGCCAAUGGCCAAGGGUUCCUACGCGCUGUUCACUAGGUGGUCAACAGAAAACAUAACUCGAGUUAUGACCAACUUUUACUUUGACGUUUUGAGUGUUUGA